UUUACGGGGGUGACCGGCUGGCCUGCCUGCGGGGCGCCCCGGUGACCGCUUGCCCUUGACCAGGAAAGCGAGCCGCCCUGCUCCGGGGACAUCUUUGUUUCCUUGAAAGCGCCCCGGUGUCCCCCCCUUUCUCGGCGCGCGUUUUGGUGCCAGAGGCUUUUCCAUGAAAGUGUCUCUGGGUAACGGAGACAUGGGCGUCUCCGCCCAUUUACAGCCUUGCAAGGCCGGAACCACACGCAUUUUUACCAGCAACACGCACAGUGCGGUGGUCCUGCAAGGCUUUGAUCAGCUUCGGAUCGAAGGGCUGCUCUGUGAUGUGACUCUGGUGCCCGGGGAUGGGGAGGAGGUCUUUCGCGUGCACCGAGCGAUGAUGGCGUCGGCCAGCGAUUAUUUCAAGGCCAUGUUCACCGGCGGGAUGAAAGAACAAGACUUAAUGUGCAUUAAGCUUCAUGGCGUGAACAAGGUUGGUCUGAAGAAGAUCAUUGACUUUAUUUACACUGCAAAACUUUCUCUUAAUAUGGACAGCCUUCAGGACACCCUCGAAGCUGCCAGCUUUUUACAGAUUUUACCUGUUUUGGACUUCUGCAAAGUGUUUCUUAUUUCAGGAGUCUCUUUGGAUAACUGUGUUGAAGUGGGGAGAAUAGCUAACACCUAUAAUCUCAUCGAGGUGGACAAAUACGUCAAUAAUUUCAUCCUGAAGAAUUUCACUGCGUUGUUGAGUACUGGGGAGUUCCUAAAACUCCCCUUCGAACGCCUGGCCUUUGUGCUUUCCAGUAAUAGUCUGAAGCACUGUACUGAACUUGAGCUGUUCAAGGCUGCCUGUCGCUGGCUAAGAUUGGAAGAUCCUCGGAUGGACUAUGCUGCAAAAUUAAUGAAGAAUAUUCGAUUUCCACUCAUGACACCACAAGACCUCAUCAAUUACGUGCAGACAGUCGAUUUCAUGAGAACAGACAACACCUGUGUGAAUUUGCUUUUGGAAGCUAGCAAUUACCAAAUGAUGCCGUACAUGCAGCCGGUGAUGCAGUCAGAUAGAACGGCCAUCCGAUCCGACUCGACACACUUGGUAACUUUAGGAGGAGUUUUGAGGCAGCAGCUGGUUGUCAGUAAAGAAUUGCGGAUGUAUGACGAAAGGUCACAGGAGUGGAGGUCUUUAGCCCCCAUGGAUGCUCCUCGUUACCAGCAUGGCAUUGCUGUCAUUGGAAACUUUCUCUAUGUAGUUGGUGGUCAAAGUAAUUACGAUACAAAAGGAAAAACUGCUGUUGAUACAGUUUUCAGAUUUGAUCCUCGGUAUAAUAAAUGGAUGCAGGUUGCAUCACUAAAUGAAAAGCGCACGUUCUUCCACUUGAGUGCCCUCAAAGGACAUUUGUAUGCUGUUGGUGGGCGAAGUGCAGCUGGUGAACUGGCCACAGUAGAAUGUUACAAUCCAAGAAUGAAUGAGUGGAGCUAUGUUGCAAAAAUGAGUGAACCCCACUAUGGCCAUGCAGGAACAGUAUAUGGAGGCUUGAUGUAUAUUUCAGGAGGAAUUACUCAUGACACUUUCCAAAAUGAGCUCAUGUGUUUUGACCCAGAUACAGACAAAUGGACGCAGAAAGCUCCAAUGACUACAGUCAGGGGUCUGCAUUGCAUGUGUACAGUUGGAGACAAGCUCUAUGUCAUUGGUGGCAAUCACUUCAGAGGAACAAGUGAUUAUGAUGAUGUCCUGAGCUGUGAAUACUAUUCACCAACCCUUGACCAGUGGACACCGAUUGCUGCUAUGUUAAGAGGUCAAAGUGAUGUUGGAGUUGCUGUCUUUGAAAAUAAAAUCUAUGUUGUAGGUGGAUAUUCUUGGAAUAAUCGUUGUAUGGUAGAAAUUGUCCAGAAAUAUGAUCCAGAAAAGGAUGAGUGGCAUAAAGUUUUUGAUCUUCCAGAGUCACUUGGUGGCAUUCGAGCUUGUACUCUCACAGUUUUUCCACCUGAAGAAAACCCUGGGUCACCUUCUAGAGAAUCACCUCUUUCAGCACCUUCAGAUCAUUCCUAGGACAAAGGUGUUAUAUCUUUGUGGUGCAUAAUGGAUGAUCUCAUCCUUCCCCUUCAGUUAUAACUUCCAGUGAUUGGUCGAGUUAUUAGAGAGAAAGGUAACUGAUGUUGUUUGUAUUGUUUGGCUUAAUAUGUUUAUCAAAUGUUUAAAUGCAUUCUGAAAAUAUUCAACAUAGCUGUUUUAACACACAAAAAGAUAAUGUAAAAAAUGUUAGAUGCCUUUUGUGGUGUUAUGUCAGUCAGAUUGUAGGGUGAUU